GUGAGAGGUCAACGCGUCCUUCCACACGUGUUUUCCUGAUCUUCCAGAAGCGGCGUCAGAGGGACCCAGGAGCGUGUGUGUUCUAUUGACCGUAUCCUGUUGGGUUUGUGUCCGCUAAAGUCAUGCUGAAGUCGGUCGUCCGUGCGGUCGGAUCCGCGGUCCGUCUGUCCGCUGCCUCCGGUUCUUCGGCCCGGGCUCUGCCACUCAGCUGCCCGGCUCUCUGCGCACCUAGCUCGGCUACCAUCCGGCCCUUCACCCGGUCCCUGUGGGUGCUCAGCUCCGGAGGACCCUCUUCGGGGUUCAGACCCAAACUGUUCAGUUCGAAGGUGUUGAACCCGUCAGUGUCAUGGUGUGGGGGUCUGCACACGGAAGGUGACAAAGCGUUCGGAGACUUCCUGCACGACGAAAUCAAAGAGGAGAAGAAAAUCCAGAAGAACAAGAGUCUUCCUCGAGUGUCUGGAGGGUGGGAUCUGCAGACCAAUGGCACCGAGGCCAAACUCACCAGGACGGUGUCCGGAGAAAAAAUCACCGUCACCUUCAACGUCAACAACAGCAUCCCUCCGAACUUUGAAGAAGAGGCGGAACAGGGACAACAGAAAACCCCCGAAGAAGAGCCUGAAAUAGUGUCAACGCCAAACUUUGUGGUUGAAGUAACAAAACAGGCAGCGAAACAUUCCCUGGUGUUCGACUGUCACUUUCCUGAAGAUGAGGUGAGUCACGGCGAAGGUGAAGAUGAGAGCGACAUCUUCGCCAUCAGAGAAGUCAGUUUCCAACCAGAAGGAGAAGCCGACUGGAAGGAGACCAGCUACACCCUGAACACCGACUCACUGGACUGGGCUCUGUACGAUCACAUGAUGGACUUCCUCGCCGACCGCGGCGUCGACAACACGUUCGCCGAUGAGCUGAUGGAGCUGAGCACUGCCAUGGAGCACCAGGAGUACAUCCGCUUCCUGGAGGAGCUGCAGAACUUCGUCAAAUGUCACUGAAGUCUGACGGACCUCGAACGCAUCAGAUGAUGGAGCGAACAGCGUGAACGAGGAUUUGACGGACUGAGGGAACAUGUGACGACUGUCCGCGAGGAGGCGUCGACUUGUUCACGUGUUAGUUUUUCAGUAAUUUAAGUUAUAGAGUCAAUCUACAGUCGCGGAGGGAUGGACGUAACCAUGGAAACAAACACAUUUAUGUUCAGUGUGAGUGUGGAUCAGAGACUCGGUGGAGAAGAUGUGAUGUUUACGUCCUGGUGGAGCCAGAGAAUGAAACGUCCUGUUCAAUAAAAUAUUUGAUACGUACGAUCA